CAACCUACGGAAGCCUUCKAACGCAGGCCAGUUUGCUCGCAUGGACCCGGAAGUAGUCAAUCGCGAGCGGAUAAACAAGAAAUCACAAUACACACGACGAAUGGCGUCGCCUUAUUCGCUGAUCGAUAGUCUCACAAUAAAUCUGUUCAACCAAAUCAAAUCGACAAAUUCCAAAAUGGCCCGAACCAAGCAAACCGCCCGCAAGUCCACCGGAGGAAAGGCUCCCCGCAAGCAGCUCGCCACCAAGGCAGCAAGAAAGUCUGCCCCCGCCACCGGAGGAGUCAAGAAGCCCCACAGAUACCGACCCGGAACUGUCGCUCUUCGUGAGAUCCGUCGUUACCAGAAGAGUACCGACCUCCUCAUCCGAAAGCUUCCCUUCCAGCGUUUGGUCCGUGAGAUCGCCCAAGAUUUCAAGAGUGAUCUUCGAUUCCAAGGAUCUGCCGUCUUGGCCCUCCAAGAAGCCGCCGAGGCCUACUUGGUCGGUCUCUUCGAAGAUACCAACUUGUGUGCCAUCCACGCUAAGCGUGUCACCAUCAUGCCUAAGGAUAUUCAAUUGGCCCGCCGUAUCCGUGGCGAGCGCUCUUAAGCAUUCAGUCAAUGAACCAGUCGCAAUUGCAAUAGAACAAAAAGAAAAACGAAACAAACCGGAGAUUUUAAUCUCCACAUCUGAAAACAGAAUUCAUGAAGCUGUCAAGCGGACUACUUCUUCUAUGUUGUCUUCUUUUCCAUACGCAAAGCCUUACUUCGUCGCGAUAAGAAGUUGUCUAGUAACGGUCGCUGUCUGUGUGGUUGAGUAUGACUACAACCUUCUUCGUCUCGAUCUGCUGUCGUGGCUGUCUACCCAUCAUGAUUGUUCAUAGCUAUGUAUGUACUCCGUCUUCAUACUCGAUGAGUCCUUUUAAAGGAAGAAUGCAAAUAAUCUCAGAGCAUUAGACACAGCAAACGAGGCAGACGGAAGUUAAGAGAGGAUAAGACAGCAAUGAUUUUUUCCAUUGCAGGAGGAUGAUGGCGGUCAUUCGGAUUGUUAAAAUUUUUCACAUAAACUCUUACUACUUGU